AUGGGGCUUGGAUCGAACGAGAAAAUCGCUUUCCGAAAGGAGUCCGAUGACGAAAGCACUUCGACGUGUUUACACACCCGGCUCGACACGUGCAUACCAGGCAGAUACAACCGACCGGCUCUGGACCCACCGCCACAGUUCAACGUUGGAAUGAACCUACGUCUGUGGAAGAGAAAGGCGAACCGGUUCUUGGCCGGUAUCCUGGAAUCGGAACAUACACCGUUCGUCAUGUACCGAUUGAGCGAAGAAGUUCAAGAGAUCCUUGACGCCGAAGGAAUCAACGACGACUUGUGCGUAGCAGACGUAUGGGAAGCGCUGGAGGAACUCUCCCCGGAGGCUCACGAUAUAGCGACGCUCAAGCGCACAUUCUAG